CAUAUAUAUCACACUUAAAACAUAGUAUACUACAAUUUCCUCUAUUAAAAAAAAACAAACUAAAAUGUUGAGGAAAGCUUCUUGGACCUCUUCUUCCAUCAAAUGCUGCUUGUUCAUGAUUUUGAUUCUCACGGUUUUACCUUCGUUCCCUGCCCGAAAAUUAUACACCAGUCCGGGCAGCUAUGGACAUGGUAAUAAUUAUAUUGGAGCAAACAAAAACAAUCAUGAGCACGGUGGAUCUGCUGUACCAGGAGGACCAAAUGCACCUACCCAAGGUGCCAAUUCUGCUUCUCCCUCUCCUGGGACAAAUAGUAACUGCUCCGUGCAAAGGACUUGCACAAAUAACAACUGUACUGUGUAUAAGCAUUGCACAAAUGCACCUAACCAAGGUACCAAUUCUGCUUCUGUCUCUUCUGGGACAAAUUCCAACUGCUCCGUGCAAAGGAGUUGCGUAAAUAACAACUGUACUGUGUAUAAGCAUUGCACAAGUUCUUCGGAUGGAACAGGCGGUACACCGUAAAAGUAUAGUCAGAAAACUGAAAUAAGCACAGCAGCUGCUUCACAUGUAACGUUUGUUGUGGGAGUAUUUGUGGUUUGUAGAAGCUCUGAGAUCCAUUUAUUGAGAUGUGAGAGCGCGUAAUAUGCAUGGUUUUGUUUUUUCUAUUUAGCUAAAUAAUGUAUCCAUGCGAUCAUGUUAUAUAUUUAACUCAAUUUGAAAUUUCCUGCAUUUAACUCU